CCAAACAUUUGUGGUGAGGUUUCGGGAGGAAAAUAAUGAAGCAAAAUGUAUUGCAGCCGAGAACUCACAUUUGGCUGUGUGCUGACUACCUAAUAAUCAGCUGAACAAAGAAGCAGAGCUUUUAUCUUUGUAUAAGUUGCUAUCACACCACCUGCUGUUUGAGGGUGUAGGUGUUUGUGGUGUAGGAAGUCAUGUCCAACAUGCCUCUAGCAGAACACCUUCACACUGUCCAGUCCCACAACACUGAUGUAAAUGGGCUGUGCUUCUCUACCUCAGCGCUGGCCACAUGCUCAGGGGAUAAGACAGUACGGCUGUGGAGCACUGAGGACUUCGCAGAGCUUCCCAUAUCUCCCUUGUGUGGUCAUACAUACGUCGUCUACAAGUGUCAGUUCUCACCGUUUGGUACAACUCUGGCGUCUUGCUCCAUGGACGGCAGCAUUAUUCUAUGGAAUGUGAAGACUGGAGAACAGUCAGCAGUGUUGCGCCACCCAUCAAACACGAGUAUACGUGUGUGUAAAUUCUCUCCCAACUCGUCCAUGCUGGUGUCUGGCAGUGAUGACAACAGCCUAUGUCUAUGGGAGGUAUCCUCAGGAAAACUAACCAAAACUUUAACAGGUCAUGAGGAGUCCGUUGUGGCCUGUGAUUUCUCACCUGAUGGGAAUUACCUGGCCUCCGGAAGCCCAGCUGGUGACAUAAGGAUCUGGGAUGGUCAGUAUGGCCAUGGCAAAUGUCUCCUCUUAGAGCUGGAUGCUCACGAUCUAGGAGUCACGUGUUGUGAAUUUUCCCCAACCUACGUUCAAGGACCAAACAGCUCAGGAACAACUCAGACGGCUCACUAUGUUCUGGUCACUGCUGGUCAAGAUGAUGCUAUCAGGAUCUGGGAGCUUGUGGCAGAUGUGGGAUCCCUAAAUAUGAGGCUGACAUUACGAGAUACUCUACUGGGACAUACUGGACCAAUCAUGUGUAUUGCAUUUGGCAGACAAGGAGCUCUGCUGGCUUCUGGGUCAGGUGACAAGACUGUGAGACUCUGGGAUGCGGCAAAAGGAGAAUGUCUUCAGGUGAUGGAAGCUCAUUCCAGGUAUGUCACGUGUUGUGCCUUCUCCCAGGAUGGGAAACUUUUGGCAUCAGGUUCUAAUGACAGGACAGUGAUGGUGUGGAGAGUGACCACAGAAACUGACCUGUCAGAUGCUGCUACUGAUGGUAACCUUGUUGACCUGAGUGAGGAGGUGGUGUUUGAGAAGACACCCAUGGAGAGGUGGAGUGUUGAGGAGGUGGGUGUCUGGCUGGAGCACAUUGGACUCCCCCAGUACAAGGAAACAAUGUCAUCCAAUGCCAUUGAUGGUACAGAGUUACUUACCUUGACUCACAGUACACUGGAGAAACCCCUGGGAAUAGUUGCUCUUGGACAUCGUAACAAGAUAUUGCGAGCAGUCAAACAGAUUCACAGCUGUCCUGUGAGGCAGAGGAAGGAUUCAGAUUUAUCUGCCCCUGAUGAGUACCUUUGUCCAAUCACACGCGAGAUCAUGAGGGACCCAGUGAUAGCUGCAGAUGGCUACACCUACGAAAAGUCUGCCAUUGAGUCCUGGGUGAAGAGUGGUAAGAGCAGAAGUCCCAUGACAAAUGCUGUGUUGGCUAGCUACAUGCUGACUCCUAACCGCAGCCUGAAGAUGUUAAUCCAGCGUCAUGUCCAUGAAGGCCACUGAGGAUAAAAUUCCCAUCAACUCUUCCCCUAUCCUCCACACCUGCUCUUAGUCAUGAAGAGAAACCUUAACUGCUCAUACAGAUGGAAACAUAUGUGUAACCCACUGUAACCCUGAUAGACAGCUGAGAGUCAAAUAGUUGGUUUAAAGGAUACGUCAAAGGGUGCUGUAAAGCAACGAGUAUGGUAAGAAAUAUAUGCCCCCAAGAAAAGAGAACAAAUUUUUAUUUAUGAGGUAUACUUUAUAUUUCUUAAAAACUCUUCUGUCAGUGAUGGGGAAAUAUAUGAAAAUGACAUCAUCAAUGAACAUACUGGGAAAGCAGAACCAAUUCGGUCUCUCCCACCAACAGAGCUGUUUUGACAGAUAUAACUGUUGACAUCACAGCAUGCUACACAAUUUCCAGACUGACUGCUGGGGCCUUAGAAAAACUGUAGUUCAAAGCCGAUUUUACGCCCCAAGAAGAAAGCUGAGAAGCUUUGUUUGUACUUUUGUAUGUUAGGCCACGUCAUAUUCUCUGUAUUAAGAAAUAAAUACCAAGUGUUUCACGUAUCAGUUCAAACCUGGACUGGACUCAUACCUAGAAAAGAUUGAAGUCAUUUUGAAGCUGGAUAUAAUAAUGGACACAGCCUUGAAGGUGGCACAUUGCAGGGUUUUACAGGGGCUAUUUAGCUUGAUAUUGUGAUAUGUUUGGAUGACCUGGUUAGGGCAAAUCUAGAUUAUGUGUAUGAUAACUCUCUGCUGUUAAGUCCUGCUAAGUGGUGCAGUUUUGCCCUCAAAACUUAAUCAGGUAUGUGUUAGUCACUUAACAGCGCUGUUUUUGCGUCAUUUGAUGAGCUGAUAUGUUUAUGCAAUACUAUGCUUUUAUCUCGUGUCCAAGAAAAGUUUGUUUUGAUUGCAGACUGUCUUGAGAUAGUGAUGAAGAUCUAGCAUUAUUUGAGCAAAAAAGUGUAAAUCAAAAAAUAGAAAUUGAAGUAAAAGAAAGGCUAUGUAUACAAGAUUCUAAUUGAAGAAAGGACUCAAACACUGGAGGACUGACGGAAGGUGUACCCUUUGCAUCUUGACUUGUUGUGAAUUAUGUAUAUCUUGAUAAAUCUAUAAUCCAUGAUGUCAUAGUAUCAUAUUUUCAUGUUGAAAGUAUUAUCAAGUGUAGUUGAAGUUUAUUAAUAUAUGAAAUGUUUUACCUAUAUUUAUAAAGUUUUAUAUUUUACAUUGUACUGUGUUUUAUGCACAUUGAUGUUUAAAGAAUGAAUGAUUAUGGCUUAACUUCACAUCAGCAAUAUUUUAGCUAUAUCAUGGAAAGGACUUGUAAAGAGAGGUAAUCCAAAUGUGUUUGUCCCAGGUUGAAGAACUAAAGCUAGGUAACAUGAACGUUUGCGCGAGUAUAUUUCAUGUUUAUGUGUGUUUCAAUGAAACAGAUGAAUAAUAAAAGUAACUUUUGUUUCAGUUUUAAGGUGAGUUUUUUUCUCCUGGGCAGUGGCAACUUGGGUCUAAGUCAGUCGGCCAUCAUUCUCUUGAAACAUAUGAGAACUACAUAAUUCACAAGUUGGCUGGCAGCCUGUCAUUGCAAAUGAAGAAAAGACUACACUGAGAUUGAAUCACCGUAGGGAGAAAUGUAAUGAUGUAUCACUGUAGACUAUAAAUCUGAAAUAAAAUGAACC